AUGGCUAACUACCCCGUCGACGACCUCUGGCGAGCGCCCUCAGGGUGCGCUCCACACCUUCGUGCGCCUCUUGAGAGUCUUGUCAACGCAUUUCCUGUCCCAUGGCGUCAGAUUCCUGUUACUGGCGAGAUUUUCGAGUCUCUUGUUGAAGCUGAGAGGCGUUUGAGGGCGUACGCACUUGUAGCAGGCUUCGACGUCGUCCGCGGCGGUGGAGGAAGUGCGAAAGUUCCAGGCUCGCAGUUCAAGUGUAUUCAUCACGGUCAAAAGUCUCUGAAUACUCGUGGACUCGAGGAUCGUGUCGAAAAGAACUCCGAUGGUGAAAUCACGUCCAGGAGGAAGCGGGAGAGGACUGCGGUUCGACAAAGAGCCUCUCACGGUCCUGCUAACGCGCGAGGCUUAACUGCUAACGAAAUUCUAGAGCGUCGAGAGCGUCAGGAAGACCGACAACGGCGUCAAAAUGAGCUCUCUGAAGAGCGACGACAAGAGGCUCAAGUGAUGUCUACCUCUCGGAUCGAUCUGACUUCAAAUACCUCGACGGCAAGACCAAGUACUCCUCCUCGUCCUGAGACAACUCCUGUCCUUAAAACUCCUUCUCCUUCGCCUCAGGUUACUCCUCUCUCACAGCGUCUACCGAUUCGCACUCCUGAAAGACCUCGACCGCGUCGAUCACCCUCUCCUGAGCCCUCACCAAUCGAGAUCCCGGCGUCUACAGCACCUCCAGCACUAGCAGGAGGCAGAGGCAAGAGAAUGCGAACUCACACUGUAAGGUACAACGAGGCAAAAGAGCAGGGAUUCAUUCGGGACUCGCAGGAAGCUCACAGGGCGUCAGGAAGGCCCUGA